UUCCUUCCUUGAUAAAGAUUCAUGCGGAUUCUUCGAGUCCAAACAAAACAAGAAGGAUUCCUUUGUUGAUUGGAUGGGCAAACUGAGCAGAAAAACAGACAAUUAUGUGCAUGGCAUCCGAGAACACGUGACACUGGGGCCUAAACUCUCGGCAACUGUCAAAGGGAAGUUGAGCUUAGGCGCAAAGAUUCUUCAAGCCGGAGGGGUUGAGAGAGUCUUCAGACGAGCCUUUUCUGUCGAGAAAGGAGAAAAACUGUUGAAGGCUUUUCAGUGUUAUCUCUCGACCUCAGCUGGUCCUAUCGCGGGGAUGCUCUUUAUUUCGACCGAGAAGAUCGCGUUCCAUAGCGAUAGAUCCUUGGCACUAACUUCCCCUAGAGGAGACAUCACAAGAGUUCCUUACAAGGUUGUGAUUCCACUCGGAAGAAUAAAAAGAGCGACAGCGAGCCAGAACGCAGACAAGCCAGAUGAGAAAUAUACCCAGAUAGUCACGGUGGACGACUUCGAGUUCUGGUUUAUGGGUUUUGUUAGCUACGCGCGAUCUUUCAAGUACAUUCAGCGGGCGAUUUCGGAGUUGCAAUAGACAUUACAAUGCCAGGAAUUUGGGAGUUUUACAGCAGGAAGUAGAUUGCAAUAUAGAGUUGUAAUUAGUAGCAAAAGUACUGCACCUAGCUUUCCUUUUGUCUUAGCAAAUUUUGUACACAUUUAAGGAAAUUGUUUCCUUGGCUAUCCUUUUGUAUAAUUACGUCGCGAACUCAUCAUGGUCAGAAAUGAAAAGAUUGAGUUAUUAACUUAUUACACUGUCA